UUUCAAAAAAAAAAAAGUGUACAAUUUAAAAAAAAAAAAUCUUUUUAUUUCCCCUCUCGUUUUUUUUUUCUUAGUCUUACACUACACAAUGAGAGCUUAUGUUUACGAUAACCAAGAUCCCGCUGAUCAACGUGCCCCUCAUGAUUUGGGCAUCUCAAAAACUGUAGAGGAUCUCGAAAAAGUCGGUGUAAAAUAUUGGAGAAUUGAUGGUGAAAAUGCCAUUGAUAAGAUUGAUGAAAUUGCUAAAGAAAGACACUACAAGAAUAGAGACACAAUUGUUGUAUCCCCUGAUGCUAUGGGUCCUAUUUAUGAAGAUAAAGUCAAGUCUUUCUUUGACGAACAUCUUCAUGAAGAUGAAGAAAUUCGUUAUAUUCUAGAUGGCUCUGGCUAUUUUGAUGUGCGUGAUCAAGAUGAUGUUUGGGUUAGAAUUUUUAUGGAAAGAGGAGAUAUGAUUAUUUUGCCUGCUGGUAUUUACCAUCGUUUUACUACAGACGAAAACAACUAUAUUAAGGCCAUGAGAUUGUUUAAAGAAGAUCCUGUUUGGACUCCUCUUAACCGCCCUGUCCUUGAAGACAACAAAUUCCGUCUUGAUUAUGUCAAGACAUAUAGUGUUUCUACUCGAUAAAAUCUCUUUAUUAAACAAACAUUUUAU